CGAGAGCGGUGAGAAUAAGAGUGUUCGUUCAGUUGUUGACGGUAACCGACUUAGUGAACCUGACCUUAUGAUACAGUGAAGCAAGAUUGCAUAACUUCAAUUUUCUAGGUCGUGGUCCAGUUAAAGUGUAUUUGGAUUGUCUACAGCAGAGGGCACCUGUGAAUAUCAUCAUUUAAAGGAAAAGUGAAACCACACACCCAUAAUUCUCGUAAGGUGGCGCUACUGUUAACUGUGAGCGCUAUGGAUAUCAUUCAGUCGUCAGUUGCUCAAUCGCCUGUUUCAGACUUUACCCUGCCUGAUGUUUCCAUAGAAACCUCUAGAUCUGCAAUGAAAGACUUCAGUCACCAGUACUUCCCAGAACAAUACGAGGACACAAAUUCUUUGUUCAGCGACUCUUUGCGGUUGCGAGAUGACCUUUGGAUACUCCCACUUAUAGUACUGUCGUCGUUAAAUGCUAUUAUUAUAGCCAUUUUUGAAGUAUUCGUUAUUUAUAAGGCCCGUGGAACAACGCCUAGCCGAAGACAUCUAUUUCUUGGUCAGAUAUUACUUCUGGGUUUGUUCCUAUGUUCGAUGAUGGGAUUUGCUUUUGUACCAACGGCCCAUUGGAUUACAUGCACAGUACUUCGUGUCGGACUAGGGCUUGCUUAUACUUUAGUGUUUGCAACACUAUUGGUUAAAAGUGUAUUUCUCCUAAGUCUUCACGCUGGUGUCUAUCUUCCAGCUUCUUACCAAGGGCUCUUGCUCUUCUUCGUGGUUAUUGUGCAGGUUGUGAUUGGUGUUCAGUGGGUUGUUCAGCGCCCUCCAGCGAUUAUCAGUCGAACUGAAACGCCUACUUGUAACACCAGUGUUGCGAACAUGUUAAUGGUUCUUAUUUAUCCAAUGUUUUUAAUUUUGUGCGUUACAGUUCUAAGCAUAAAAGCUAAAGGGAACCGCGAGAACCACCGGGAAGCCAUGUUCAUUGGAAUUGCCAUUGGUUUCACAAUUCCAGUGUGGUUCUCCUGGAUACUAGUUGCCAUAGCAACAGAACCACGUUACCACGAUGCUGCCAUGGCGUUUGGGAUUGUUACGAAUGCCAUCAUUAUCUUCUUGGUGAUGUUUUUACCAAAAGGGCGACAACUGGCUGCCAUGGGAAGGGAUGGUCUCUACCCAGAAGAUCGUGACGAGUUAUCUUCAUCAAGCCCUUCGAUCUGUACGCCGUCUUUUCUUCAUAUUAAGCCUCCUCUAAUACCACUGAACAAACAAGAACGGAUUUACUACUUACCGCCACCUACUGGACGAGUUUGGAGGUGCAGUUAUCCAGUAUUUCCACACGUACCAAUUCCACCGCCAGAGGACACCUACUUCUACCCAGGAGAGAGAAAUAAGGCAUCAUUCUACCCUAAUACAACAUUUUUCAAAACUCCGCUCUACUGAUGUCAUUUUAUGGUUUUAUUUUCCUGUGGUGAGGAAGUGGAACAAACUCUAUCGCUGCAUAUUCUUGUUUCAUGUCUCCACAUGUGAAUUCUGAGAUAUUUAAAGACUGAAACACUGAAAAGCACAAAGCUGGGCAGUAAAUAUUACACUGAGAAUAAUGCUCAUAGCGCCACCUAACGACAAAAAGUUUUAUGUACAAAAGUACAGUUAUUGUUUUAUGACGUGAUUAAUCUCGCCUAUCGUGUCGAUCAACUAAGAAAACAAAAUUUGAAUAAAAUUUUUCAAGGUAUUUAAAUACUGAACGCAUUUCUUAACUAACGAAUUUUUCACAUUUGUCACAAUGGAAGUUAACCGAGUUAAAAUAUUACCUUAAUCAAAACACCCCCAAUUCUCUACAAACUCCGUUUUUUUUAUUAAAUAUUUGAUUCGUUUGAGUAAUUCACCUGUUACAAGUAAAACUAAUGCCACCAACAAAAAAAAAAAAAAAAAAAAAAAAACGGGACAAGAAAUGAAUGUAAAAGAAACUGAAACCUUCGCUGAACUGUGUUGACCACAGAAAUACUUGAAGAUAGGGAAAGGCUUAAAGUACACAAGACUCCCAUUAAAGACAGUACUGCCACAUUUUUUUUUUAUUUUUUUGAAAAUGUAUUUGACUUUUUUACGUAUUAUUUUGUAAUGUUAAUGCUUUAUCACAGAGUAAAUUUGUUUAAAAUUGAACACACACACACACUGGCUUACGAGAGUAUUAAUAUGGCUCCACGGUUUUUGUCACACGUUUUUGGUACACAAAAAGGCAACUUUAAACUAAAUUGAACGCUUUCUAUUAAAAAAAAACAAAACAAACUUGUGUUGUAAAACCAUUUCAAAAACAA